UGGUGAUGGUGGUGGUAGUAGUGAUGAAGAGGAGGAUCGAAUAAAGCAGUCAUGUGUGAAAGAAUUAAUACUUUAUUCGACACAGUGGAGGCUGCAGUGUUUUCUUUGACAGUAAACAAAUGGUAUCCAAUCUGCUCUCUCCCGCCGCACUCGUUCCCUCUCCUCCCCCGCGCGACAAGUUUCCUGGGCCUGUGUACGUGCGGAGCCGCAGCAGCAGCAGCAGGAGGGAGUCUGGGUGUGAUCGGGUCCGCGGGUGGCGGUGACAGGGCGGCAGCAGCUGGCCGGCCUGGGGUGAUGGCAGACCGCAAGGUAAAAUCUGAAGUGUUACCAGGAUGUCACAGCAUGUCUUCCUCCGGGCAUACCAGGCGUGGAACAGACCGUGCCGUGCCAGACUGUACUGGAAGGAGCUCCGAGGGUGCCACUUCCUGCCAGAAGGGAAUAAUUCUUCCUGAAGGCCCUGCUCACCAGCUGACCAUCUCUGAGAAGAUACUGCCCGUUAGCACCCAGCAUUGCCUUACAUCAGAUUAACUACGGAAGCAUGUUCAUAACCAUUUCCCUGCCACAGCACUGAGAAUAACAAGAGGAAGAGGCUAAGAACAGGGGACAAGAGGACAAGAAAUGUGGAAUGGGGGACAAGAGGUCAAGGAUAAGAAAGGAAUGGGGACAAAAGGAAGAGGCCAAGAAGAGGACAAGGCCAAGAGGAGGAAGAGGGGAACAAGAGGACAAGGCCAUGAGGACAGGGACAAGAGGAGCAGGGCAAGAAGACAAGACCAGGAGGAGGAGAGGGACAAGAGGACAAGGCCAAGAGGAGGGGGACAAGAGGACAAGGCCAUGAGGAGAGGCACAAGAGGACAAGGCCAGGAGAGGCACAAGAGGACAAGGCCAGGAGGAGAGGGACAAGAGGACAGACAAGGCCAGGAGGAGAGGGACAAGAGGACAAGGCCAGGAGGAAAGGGACAAGAGGAAAAGGCCAAAAGGAGGAGGACAACGAGGCCAAGAGGAGGGGGACAAGACGACAAGGCAAGGAGGAGGGGGACAAGAAGACAAGGCCAAGAGAGGGGGGAACAAGAGGGCAAGGUGAGGCCAAGAGGAGGGGAACAAGAGGGCGAGGCCAAGAGAAGGGGAACAAGGAGGAGAGGGACAAGAGAAUGAGAGGACAUGGAGAGGAAAAAAAAUAAAAGGAUGUAGAUGUGCUAUGCAAAGAAAUUAAUAUUCUAUUACUUCUGUACAUAAACAAUUCUUCCUCAUCCUUUUAUUUUUUGUCCUCUUGUCCCUGCUCCCCCAUCCCCCCCCUUUUGGCCUCAUCCUCUUGGCCUCAUCCCCUACAGUCUACAUACAUACAAUCUUCAAUGGCAGUCAAUGAUGACAAAUUUUUGGAAACAAAUCAGAUGGGAAUGCUUCUAUUGUUUUUUUAUUGUGUUCUACUGGAAAUUGAAAAAAAAAAGUACAUAUGUAGCUUGC